CCGCUGUCUCCCUGCCAUACGUCUCAUACUCUUACCUUGUACAUCUCCACGUCGCCCACUUCCUGCUCCUCUAAUUUGUUCCCAUUAAAUCCUUCAUUUCCUCAACCAUGAUGGGCGCAGCUGUAGCUCUCCAAGUCCUUCUCGCGCCGCAGCUGGUUUCGAUCGACCAAGCAUCAUCCCAGCAGACGGCCGUGUCUGUCAAAGCGUCUAUCCAAAAUCCCUCCAAUGAGCCAGUAACUAUGCUCAAAUGGGGUACCCCUUUCGAUCCAAAAGCCGGCAUCCUGGGGGUUUUCCAAGUGCAGGAUGAGACAGAUGGUCAGGCUGUGCCCCUUGACACCAUCAAGUUCUCUCGCAAGCUGCCUCCCGCCGCGGAUGACUUGCUCGAAAUCGCCCCAGAGAGCACGGUGGACACCGUUGUCACUCUCCCACCUAUGCCGCUCCAGUCAGGACAUGACUUCUCGAUCCGUGCCCAGGGGAGGUGGCAUGCAGUGUGGGAAACUCCUGUGAGUGACGUCCAUGAUGACAAACUUGAACAACUUUCAGACGCAAAACGGGGUGAUUUCGAGUCGAACGCCGUUCAGUUCAAAGUCGAAUGAGCCAUGCUGAGCGAUUUGUGCGUCCUGUUGAAUGACCCUUUAUGUGCUGCGCGUGAUGUCUAUCUCGUUCGAUACUUCGUCAAAAUCGACGUAAAUGAAGCAUAUUCUUGUAUUAUAUG